AUGAUAAAAACGGAAGAGCACAUGGAUGUGACGGUGGGUACGAUCGGGGAUGGGAGCGAGGAUCAGGGUCUCCUAGUCGGCGGUCACAACGUUCCGCCGAGCGCCGGCUAUCACUAUCGGCCCCUCUCGUCGAACAUCGUGAUGGCCACACCGCACAUCAUUGAGAAUCCGGCCCUUCAGGGGCUGCAGGACGAUCGGUCGAUGAUGAAUCAUCACUACCAUCAUUACCAUCCGCACGGGACGCACACGAUCGCUCACCCGGCAGCAUCCCAGCAACAUAAUUCUCAGCAACAUCCCCCGCAGCAGCACCAGCAGCAGCAUUUUCGUGAGCACUUCCAGAUCCACCAGCACCAGCAACAGUAUCAUCAUCAUCAUCAUCAUCAUCAGGAGUCUCAGCAACAGCACCAGCAACACCAGCAGAUGGACGUGAAGGACGAGAUGGAUGAGCGCCAUUCGCCGUCGAUCGCCGCUUACCAGACCGGCGGCGAGCUGAAGCCGGAAGGGGACGGGGUCAAAAUACCCUCGAUGUACCACCCGUUCGAGAAGCUGUCCUCGUACUACAUCAACCACCGAUCGCCGUACCUGAUCUCGCAGGUGAACGACGAUCCGGUGGUGGGCGAGUCGGUCCUGGUGGACGGAGCAGCCCGUGGUCCCGUGGCCAACGGGUACCUGCUGGAAAGCUCCAUCAACACCCUGAAACUAACGGCCAGUGGCAGCUCGGAACCUCUCGGUGGCUCGAUGAUGGGUUACGGGGUGGUUCCCGUGUCCUCGGUGGAGCUCGUCGGAACGAUGCAGGAGCGGGCGCGCAGUAACGGUAGCAGCGGCAGUGGAACCAUAUCCCCAACUUCCUCAUCGACGAUCGUGACCAAUCCUUACACGGUGCUGCAACAUCACCACCAGCAGCAUUUGCAGCACCACCACCAACACCACCAGCCGCCGACGGGUGAACCGCCACUCUGUGAGGUGGGAAGCGUCGGAAGCUCGUCCGUCGGUGCGGGCCAUAUAACGGUCAAUCCGCUCGCAGGACAUUCGGUGUCCAAAUCGGUGUCACCGGUGACUCCGCUCGGAUCGCCCGGCUCCAGCACGACACCGCCCGUCAGUGGAGGCAGUGCGGGAGGCAGCGUGUGUGGUAAUGUCGCCAGCUCGUCCGGUGGUGUCAUUGCCCGGAAGGGUAGCAUCAGCGCCGGCGCUGGCGGUGGUGGUGGAGAACAGCAGCUGAGCAGCACUACGCCCGAGGGCCAGAAGAAGGCGCACGGGGGCCGACGGCAGGAGAAACCGCAGCUCAGCUACAUCAACAUGAUCGUGAUGGCGAUCAAGGAUUCGCCCCAUCGGCGCCGCACGCUCAGCGAAAUCUACAAGUAUCUGCAGUCGAAGUACGAGUUCUUCAACGGCGAGUACAACGGCUGGAAGAACUCGGUUCGCCACAAUCUCAGCCUGAACGAGUGCUUCAAGAAGCUCCCGAAGGAGUGCGGCAAACCGGGCAAGGGCCACUACUGGACGAUCGACUCGUCGGCCGAGUACAUGUUCGAGGACGAGGGCAGCCUGCGACGGCGACCGCGCGGAUUCCGGCGCAAGCAGCAGCUGAAGGGAUACGCCACCGGCAGCGCAUUCUACACCGCCGGCAACAGCGGCUACGAGAUUGCCGAACUGGCCGGCGGCUACAUUGCGACGGCGCAACCCUACGGCGGCUACUCGACCGACUACGCCAACAUUCCUCCACCGAUGGGCGGUGGUGGCGGUGGCGGUGUAGGAGGUGGCAAUGCUGGAGGCGGUGGUCCGGUGGCCCCUCAGGGAUCGCUCUACCCGGAGCCGCCAUCCUCGACGUCCUCGUCGGUCACCUCCUGGCACUAUCCGACUGGCGACGCGCUCGGGCAGUACUCGAAGAUCACGCACACGUCCCUCCACGAGACACCGGGGUCGCCGGGCCACGGGGCAGGAGGCCCUCAGGCGGGGGGCACGGUGCUGGAGUACGGAAAUUACACGUUCCCUGGGGCGACACCCGCACCAUACGGGCUCGACAGUGGACUAAAAAUGGCAUCCCUCGGGCAGAUGGCACCACCCGUUUCAACAUCCGCGACGGGAUCAACCACUCCGGUUUGCACAACGUCGGUUGGGUCUCCGUCGCUCGCAUCGCUGGUGAUAUCGAACCCGGAAGCGGAAGGUCCUGCGGCCACACCUCCGAGCGUUCUGGUCGAUGGCGAUGGAGACUGCAAAGCGUCGACCGGCGGUUACAACGUGAUUGGCGGGGGACUCGUCGGACAUUCGAUGGUCAGUGCGUCCGGUGCGAGACUAAAAAUGGCAUCCCUCGGACAGAUGGCACCACCCGUUUCGACAUCCGCGACGGGAUCAACCACUCCGGUUGGCACAACGUCCGUUGGGUCUCCGUCGCUCGCAUCGCUGGUGAUAUCGAACCCGGAAGCAGAAGGUCCUGCGCCCACACCUCCAAGCGUUCUGGUUGAAGGCGAUGGAGACUGUAAAGCGGCGACCGGUGGCUACAACGUGAUUGGCGGGGGACUCGUCGGACAUUCGAUGCUGCAGCAACAUAACCACCAUACGCACCAUCAUCCUGCGCAUCCACACGCACACCACCAUCAUCACCUGCACGGGAAUCAUCUGAAUCUGGCCGCUCCGUACUGA